UGCUGUCUACCUCGAGGAGAGGAUCAGCGGGAACUGCAAGAAGAGGAGAAAGACAUAAAUCAAGUAAGUGAUGAAAAAAAGGAAAGAAGGGAAAACUGAAGAGGAAGCGAGGAAGGAUAUGGAACUUAUCACCAAGAUAAAUAGUAGUGAAAGGUUUUGAAAGAAAUAAUUUAUUUUCUCUUUUUAUUUGAAGCAUUCCUUGCCAGGGCAGGAAAGGAAUGCUCACUUCACAAAAUGCUUUGUGAAUGAGGCCCUUCUACACCUUUUUGAACAUUGCAUCCUUCCCUCAAUCCCCCACUAUUUUUUCAGUAGUCGAAAUAGUCACAAGUUUACAGAAAACACUUGCAACUAAUCAUUUUUAAUUUGGGUUUAUUUUCUCUGUUGUGAAGGUGUUGUGCUUGUGGGCAAGGAUGUUUUUGCCUACAAACACUAGAGACAUGGAUCCUAAAUUAUACUGCCCUCACCAUUUAUGUAAAGCUUGAUGCUCAGAUGUAGAAUUACAUUUGGGACAGUGAACUCUUCAGUUUUGUUCUCUCCAAGAGCUACAAUGAAAGGGACACUCAAUUUCCUUGAGACUUGUGAGAGCUGAGAACAUCUGAUCCGGUGUCUCGCCAGCCUCUCUGUUUGCCACUCCCCUGAGAGCUUGGCUUUGAAAAAAUACCUGAUUUUUUUCUGCACUGGUGGGGAGGUACAGCUUCAGAAGAAAGCCCAGUUCUGCUGUUGCAGGCAGAGUAGGGAUGCUCAGGCAGUGGAGCUGUUCUGCUCAUUCUAGCAACGUUUCAUCUCCCGUCAGGAUGAAGACUUGGUGGUGGGGUCAGCAGCAGCACUGCACUGUGCUCUGUUUCCUCUCAGACUUUGAUAUUUACCUCCUUUUGUGUAAAAUAACUGUGCUUUACACCGUGUUUCUCUUUCUUUUGUCACAGAGCAACAGCAACCAUGUAGACUCUCUUCUCUCCCUAGAGGGCUGUUUACAGCUUCUGCCAUCGCAGGUGGAAAACAUGCUAGAGGUGAACUUACUGGAAGAUUCACAAGUUGCAGCUUCUAGUAGAGGCCAAGACCUGUCAUCCUCACACCACAAUAUAAAUUUGACCCAGACACUUCAGAACAGUUUUGGUCCUCCUGAUGCCAUCCUUCUAAGAACAGACUACCCCACUGAAUUAAAUUCAAAACCAAGACACUUACAAAGACAGGAGUUUUUCCCUCAAACAAGCUCUGACAUCACAAAUCCAGAAUCAGUGUUUAAUGCAUCAAAUUUGAUAGGGCUGUUUUCAGCUGCUGACCUUAGAAAUCUAACAGCCCAUGAUGAUAAUUUUGAUGAAAUUAAGCUCAUGUCUUUGGCUUUGGAGGAAGGCUUUAGUCCUGUAGAAGUUUCUCAGAUCUUUGAAGUGCCUGGCUCAGAUUUGGGACUAUCUCUGAAUUCAAAUCACAGUAUCACCUCUUACUCAGUCUGCUCUGAAGAUUCUGUUAGGUACAGCAGUGAUGUUAAAUCUGCUCCUUCACAUGGCUUAGGAGUUGUUGGUGGCCACUGCCAAGAAAACAUGAAGUACACCCACAUGGAAUAUCCAGGUUAUGCAGAGUGUUCUACAGAAGUCCCACUUCAGCAGUUUCUUCAUAAUCACACCUACAAUCAACUGCCAAGUCAAGCGGCAUCCACUCCAGAGCAUUAUCAACAGAUGUGGAUGAAGAAAUCAAACGAAGUAAAGGAUAGGUGCCAUAAUUCUACUGCUACAAACCAGAGCAGAGAUGAGCAUUAUGCAAAAGCUCUGAGAAUACCAUUUUCAGUUGAUGAAAUUGUGAGCAUGUCCGUCGACUCAUUCAACACCAUGCUAGCAAAGAACCAGCUGACAGAAGCUCAGGUAUCACUUUUACGUGACAUCAGACGAAGAGGAAAAAACAAGGUAGCUGCCCAAAAAUGUCGUAAACGCAAACUGAAUGCAAUUCUUAACUUGGAAGAAGAUGUGUGUAAUCUCCAAACACAAAAGGAGAGCCUUAAAAAGGAGCACUCCCAGUGUAGCAAAUCAAUCAACCAAAUAAAGCAAAAAUUAAACAACUUGUACCAUGACAUUUUCAGUAGACUGAGGGAUGACCAGGGCAGACCUGUUAACCCAUGCCAAUAUGUCAUUCAUUGCAGUAGCAAUGGUAGUGUUUUCAUAAUACCCAAGCAUUUGGCCAAAUCUGAACAAGACAACAGAAGAGAGCAGAAGCAAAAGUAAGAUGACUGGAGAUGACCUGAAUCACCUUUAUUUUGCCUCAAAGGAUGAUAAGAAUACUUGUGUGAAGAUGAAAGGUCAGUAAUUACAGCAGUUCAAAAGAAACAACUACACUUGAGGAGAAACACUCUUAUUUUCAAGAGUCUGGCAAACCCUGCCAGCUGCAAUCUGUUAGGAGGUCCAUGAGCUGAAGCUUCUGGAUGAGGAAAUCUGUUUAGUUGUGGUUAGAAUUAAAGGAGUUAGACCAUCAGUGUAGUGUAGCUUCAUAGACCUAUGUUAAAACUAGGAACUGUUACUGGCAAUGGGGGCAGAGCAGA